AGCUGCGAAGUGAAAAGACGCAAUAAAACUGCAGUAUCAAGAAAUUGGAUUUACUACGAACGUCUUAAUUUUCUGAAUUCAUUCAUCCAACCACGAUCCACUUAUACAAAUGAUACGUUUGUUGAAGAAGACGAUGAUUCCGUAAUGCUAAAUGAAUGUGGUAUGGAAGAUACGGAGGAUGCGAGUGGUGUCACAUCAAAAACUAUCGAGAUCGAGCUAGAAAACGGCAUUAACAUUGAUGAGCUCGGAGCUAUUACUACCGAUGAUACCGACACUGUGGUUAAUGCAUGUGUGCAGCUUGGCAUACCAAGAGAUAUUCAAACUGAUCCCGAUAAUCAUCAACCAGACGAAAACAUUUGGAACUGCCGCGAACGGAUUGUCUCCAAAUAUUCUCAUGAGCAGUCAACUAUUGAAUAUCAAUCAUUGAACGAACCGCGCGUUACAUCACGGGAUAAUGAAAAUGAUAAAGCCACUGGAGAUGUACAGCAGCAGGUUGAAAAUGGUCAACAGCCCGAUGAUGCAAAUGUUAUGGACCUCGAUAAUUAUGUGUCACCAUAUCCAAGCACCAGUUCGUCGAUCAGCAACACUACGAUCCCACCGUAUCCAUCUCGCUGUUAUGAUCCAAAGACUGGUGAGAUUAUAAUUGCGCGGAUCGCUAAUCAAGCCAGAGUACGUCUAUUUUUCUAG